CUUUCUUAACCAUCAAGCCCACAACCAGCUUUAUUACAUAUCCAACUGAGUCUCUGCUUAAUUUCUAGCUUUUCUUUUCUAAAUUUCACCACCAUGGCUGAGGAGAAGCACCACCACCACCUUUUCGGCCACCACCACAAGGAGGAGAAGCCCGUGGAAGAAGCUGUGUAUUCGGAGGCCACUUAUGAAGGUGCUGGCGUGGGAAGUUACUCCACCAACGACAACACCACGGGAGGUUAUUCCACCGGCGAGACCACCGUGUUUGCUACUGAAACUGAGGAUUAUGAGAAGGAGGAGAAGCAGCACAAGCACAAGGAACACAUGGGUGAGCUAGGUACUUUAGCUGCUGGUGCUUUUGCUCUGCACGAGAAGCACAAGUCUAAGAAAGACCCAGAGCAUGCGUCAAGGCACAAGAUUGAGGAGGAGAUUGCAGCAGCAGCUGCAGUUGGUGGUGUUGGAUAUGCCUUCCAUGAGCACCAUGAGAAGAAAGAAGCUAAGGAGGAAGAUGAGGAGGCUCAUGGCAAGAAGCAUCACCACCUCUUCUAGGCAUGUCGAUCUCUAUUAAUUCCCUUGUGAUUCCUUCCCCCGUCUUCCUCAGUUUCUUUCUCUGUUUCAAGGUUUGUCCAUUAUAAGAUGUAUCCUAAAGCAGAUAAGAGAUCAGUAUAUCUCUACUUGCUUGACAGGUAUGAGUGUGGCUUUCUCCUAGUGUGUAUCUAAAGUUCUCAAGUACUCAUAAAGAGGUUUCCUCUGUUUCCUGUUAUUGUGUAA